GCCAAUCAGAAGCCGGCGUGGCGCAAAAGCAGCCAAUCAGAACAAGCGUCUAUGCGCACUACUUUGGACGACUGCACGGCGGACAUGGACGGGACGAGUAGUGCCCUCACUCAUGUCCCAAACUUUUAGCAGUUUACUUUCGACACCAGCCAGAACGGAGCUGCUCUGAGCAGUCAUGGGGGAAAUAGAGGGGUCAUACCGGGUCCUGCAGACCCCCGGCACAAGGCUGGGAGCCCAAUUUAAUGCAGGUAUCAGCACGUUGGAGCCGGGCCAGAGCCUCAGUGGCAACACGAUCAGUGGGACCAACGGCCAGGGUCGAGGGCUUCAAGUCCGUGUCCAGGGUCUGGAUGAAUCCCAGGAGUUCUUUGACUUGGACACAAAAGCGUUGGGGCAGACGCUCCUCUGUGAGGUCUUUCUGCGAGGCAACCUCAUCGAGAGCGAUUACUUUGGUCUGGAGUUUCACAGCACACAGAUGAACUGGCUCUGGCUGGAACCCACUAAACUCAUUGUGAAACAAGUCAAAAGACCAGCAAAUACUCUGUUUAGACUCUCAGUAAAAUUCUUCCCUCCAGACCCUGGUCAGCUGCAGGAAGAGUACACAAGGUACUUAUUCUCCCUGCAGAUGAAAAGAGAUCUAACGGAGGGACGCUUGAUCUGCACAGAAAACACCGGAGCCCUUCUCGCCUCUCACCUUGUCCAAUCCGAGAUCGGAGACUACGACGAGGCGGCGGACAGAGACUUCCUGAGGAACAACACGCUGUUGCCUUACCAAGAGAAGGUGCAAGAAGCCAUCAUCGACUUCCACCGUCGACAUCUGGGCCAGACGCCCGCUGAAUCCGAUUUCCAAAUCCUGGAGAUCGCCCGCAAACUGGAGAUGUACGGCGUCCGCUUCCACCCAGCGGCCGAUAGGGAGGGCACCAAGAUCAACUUGGCCGUGGCUCACAUGGGCCUGCAGGUGUUUCAGGGCCACACAAAGAUCAACACCUUCAACUGGUCUAAGAUCCGUAAGCUGAGCUUUAAGAGGAAACGCUUCCUGAUCAAGCUCCACCCAGAGGUCCAUGGCCCCCAUCAAGACACCCUUGAGUUCAUGAUGGGCAGCCGGGACCAGUGUAAAGUCUUUUGGAAGAUCUGCGUGGAAUAUCACUCCUUUUUCCGUCUCUUUGACCAGCCUCAACCCAAACCCAAAACAAUACUUUUCACCAGAGGCUCUUCUUUCCGAUACAGUGGGCGGACCCAGAAGCAGCUUGUGGAGUACGUCAGGGAAAAUGGUGCAAAGAGAACCCCAUACCAGAGGAGGAACAGUAAAAUACAAACGUCGUCUCGCUCCCUCACCAUCGAUGUGCCUAAACAGAGCUUGUCAUUCAGCGACCGUCUCAGGACGGUGGGCUCUUCUCCGGCUUCCUCCGUGUCCUUCCACUCGCCGCACAUCUCCAACAUCAGCCCGCGAAAAGAACGCCAAGCUCAGCAGCAGCAGCAGCAGCCUUCGCCCGCCAAGGCGCCCUCUUCAGCGUCUUCCCAGCAGGAGCAGCAGGAGCCACUCCACACUGCCAGACCCCCCAGCCCCCCAAAGGAAGAACCCGUCAACGAUGCCACUCCCCCGUCUCACUUCGCUUUUCAAGACACUGCGGUGGACAGCCCGCAGCUCUCGCCCUUUGACGCCAAGGGCCCCCUCUGCCUGUCGCCCUCCUUCCAGAUGUCCACGCUCAGCCUGCCGAGCCAUGCCUCCUCACCCCUGCAAAGCCCCAUCCUGAGCGAGGUGGGCAGCACUGCCAGGCUGGACGAGGAGGAGGAGGGCAGGAGGAAGAGAUAUCCUGCCGACAAGGCUUACUUCAUUGCCAAAGAGAUUUUGACCACAGAGAGGACCUACCUGAAAGACCUGGAGGUCAUCACGGUGUGGUUCCGCAGUGCAGUGAUCAAGGAGAACGCUAUGCCUGAGGGACUGAUGACGCUCCUGUUCUCCAACAUCGACCCCAUCUACGAGUUCCAUCGAGGCUUUCUCAAGGAGCUGGACCAGCGCCUGGCUCUCUGGGAGGGGCGUUCCAACGCUCAUGUCAAAGGGGACUACCAGAGGAUCGGUGACGUGAUGCUGAAGAACAUGUGUGCUCUCAAGGAGUUCACUAGCUACCUGCAGAAGCACGACGAGGUGCUGACGGAGCUGGAGAAGGCCAGCAAGAGGCUGAAGAAGCUGGAGAUGGUCUACAAGGAGUUUGAGCUGCAGAAGGUCUGCUACCUGCCCCUCAACACCUUCCUGCUCAAGCCCAUCCAGCGCCUCAUGCACUACAAGCUCAUCCUGGAGAGGCUGAGCAAGCACUACUCGCCCGCACACCGCGACCACGCCGACUGCAAGGAGGCUUUGAAGGAGGUGGCAGACAUAGCCACGCAGUUGCAAAGCAGCCUCAUCCGGCUAGAAAACUUCCAGAAGCUCACCGAGCUGCAGCGAGACCUGAUCGGAAUAGAGAAUUUAACAGCGCCGGGGAGGGAGUUCAUACGUGAAGGCUGUCUAUACAAGCUGACCAAGAAGGGGCUGCAGCAGAGAAUGUUCUUCCUGUUCUCCGACAUGCUCCUCUACACCAGCAAAGGCGUGACGGCGACCAAUCAGUUCAAAGUGCACGGACAGCUGCCCCUUCACGGCAUGAUUCUCAUAAUUCUGGAUGCACCGGUGGAGGAGAGCGAGAACGAGUGGUCAGUGCCGCACUGCUUCACCAUCUACUCUGCACAGAGGACCAUUGUGGUGGCUGCAAGCUCCAAGGUGGAGAUGAGCAAAUGGAUCGAGGACCUCAACAUGGCCAUCGACUUGGCCAAGAAGUCGCAGGAGAAAUCCAGUGUCUUCCUGGACGGCAGCCUCACCGAUCACUCCAACCGGUCAUCAGAUGAGGUUUCAGUGGAGCAGGAGUCAGAGGACGACAUGAACUCGUCGCGCACGUCGCUGGACAAGCAAACGCACCACCGCGCCAACACCACCAUGCACGUGUGCUGGCACCGCAACACCAGCGUGUCAAUGUCCGAUCACAGCUUGGCUGUGGAGAACCAGCUGUCGGGUUACCUCCUGAGGAAGUUCAAGAACAGCAACGGCUGGCAGAAGCUUUGGGUAGUUUUCACCAACUUCUGCUUGUUCUUCUACAAGACACACCAGGACGACUUCCCGCUGGCCAGCCUGCCACUGCUGGGCUACACUGUCAGCACGCCCGAGGAGGCGGACGCCAUUCACAAGGAGUACGUCUUUAAACUGCAGUUCAAGUCGCACGUCUACUUCUUCCGGGCCGAGAGCGAGUACACCUUCGAGAGGUGGAUGGAGGUGAUCAAGAGCGCCGCCAGCACGACGGGCAGGAUGAGCCUGCUCAUUCCCAAAGGAGGUCCCCUGGAGAUGAACGGAAACUGACAGCGCACCUGCGUCUGGAGGCGGGGCCUCUGGGACGCCAGUCACGCAAUAACACACACUUCUCACCUUUUAACGGUAUUAAUUUGUGGGCGUGGCCAACGCGGGCGUGAACUUUUAUGGGACCAACUGAAAGUGAAGGAACCGCACGUGAAACAUGAAGGUGCAGAGGCGUGUGCGAUGAUGAAGCUGACGAAGGUUCUGGAAGGUUGCGAGGAGACACAUUUCCACUUUGAAGACGCAGCGCCGCCCUCAGGACUUUUCUAAUCGGUAUUAACGAAGGCCGCUCUGUCCCGGCGGUCGUGAGCGUAUACUACUUCCCUCUUUAAUUGUUAACCCCCCCAUGUUGCGUGGCAUAAGGGGUGGAAGCCAUCUUUGUGAGGUCACACGAUGGUGACACGCGUAUAAUAUGACUGAUGACUGGAAUGGAAGUCAUGUGACCUUGCGGCUGUCGCAAUAUGUUCUAGUGCUCUAUUUAUUGUGUAGCGUGUGGGCAAUGGGGGGUGGUGGGGCCGCGCUCCCCCCUCCUGGCCUCAUUUAUUAUAGACUUCAUGUUUUGUUACUUUUCCUUUGAAACGCCAUCAAAUAAAAAGAUCAUUUCACACGACUGCUGUGGCUGCGUG